AUGAAAAGAUCUCCAGGAAAAUGGAUCAAAACGCUGUUAUUUGGGAAGAAAUCCUUCAAAUCUCGUUCAUCCAAAGGAAGAGCUGCAGUAAGAUUAAGACCGUUUUGUCAAUGGUUUUAUGUGUCUAUGAAGUAAUUAAAGCUACGUCUCAGUCAAUCGUGGACGUUAUGUAAUCAAUUUUGUUUCGUUAUAUAGAUGUAUUUUCCUGCAUGGUUUUUACAUCACCUAGGUAUCCUACCCGCGAUUUCCCUGGCUAGAUUUUGAUCUACUUGUUCUCUCAUUGUUGCUAGGGUUCUCUGGAAGUCUGUCACAAUUUUCUGUAACAUUUUUUGUUUAUUAUUGUUGUUAUUAGUAUUAUUGGUUUUAGUCGAAUAUACCCUUCCUUUUAGCGUGGGUUAAUUAUUACUGGGUACCUGGGUAAGCAUGAUGGCAACAAAAUUCUGUGUUUGGUCCACUGAUAUCUGAGAACAUGAUAAUAAUCUUAUAUGACCAAAUAUAAUUAUUUUUUACUUAAAACGUUAUACUAGGAGUAGGUGACAAUUUUACUUGGCAUGAGUAUUUUUUUCUAUUUUUUUUCGCGGGUACGGAUCAUGGAAAAUGAGUCAUUAUGUUUUGAUUACAACAAGCCUCAUGAGCAAAAUAAAACGCCAAUCCGAAGAUAAAACUAUAGGUCAAGGUGAAACUAAUAUAAAUACCUACCCUGCAGAUUAACCUGUUGGCUGGCAUCACGAUUUAGAUUCUAUAUAUUGAUAUCAGCUGGUUCUGCUUGUGGUGUCCCUUGUACUUCCUAUUUCUUUUUUAAAUGUACAUUCUUAAGUUUUCACGGAAUCACCAAAGAAUCACAUGAAUGUAAAAGAAAAAGAACCUGACGUUUCAAUAUGGAAACCCCCAAUAACAGUUCCGCUAGGUAAAUAUUUUUGUCAUGCUGUACAAAUAUGCUUUACAUAUAAAUUUCUAACUGUUGCUCUUCACACGCGUAAAAAAUCAUUGGAUGUGUACAUGGCUGUAUUUGUCACGCGCUUCUGCUAAUGCCAAUUAAUUUUUGAACGAUCUAGUCCUGCUUUACGUUAUAGAUUUGGACAUGGAAGUUCAAACUGACACUCCGAAUCCUUUCUGAACAAGGCUGAAAAUGCUAAGGAUCUGUAUGGUGCUGAAGAAAGUCCUGCUUUGUCUGUCGGUUCACCAGUGAUUUCGGAGCCAAUUUCUGUCAAUACUGAUCGUAUUGUAACGAAGGCACAGUUAGAGAACGGGGCACAAUCUGAUGUGCCUUCUGGUGGAGAUGACUCAUUUCCUGAACGCAAAGAUCCUGAACGAGGAACCACAGUGCUCAAAGAGUCUAAAUAUCCCCAGAGAUCUAGAGAAGCACAAGCUGCAACAAAAGCACAGUCAGCUUUCAGGGGUUAUUUGGUAAAAUCUUAUGAAAUAAAUAUUUGAAAUAUCAGUAUGUAAUGCAUCAAUUAUGGACUUUUGUCUUGUAUCUUUGACUUGCUUUUAUUUUAUCCUUCUUAUUUUCGUUACUCCUGCAUUAAAAAUAAAUAUCAUCGUUUUUUUCAUUAUCCUGCCUUUUUUUUUUUCUUAGUUCCACACUCUUUGAUCUUACUGUCUUUAAAGGUGCAAGUUAUUCCCUUGUCUAUCAUAUUUUCUAUGUCAAUAGGCGGACCCUAUAAACAGGAUGGGGUAUGAUAUUUUUUAUGUGGUUUCUGUUGGCAAGGACUGUGUUCUUUGUUUCAAGGAAAGGAUAGGAAACCUCUUUUCUGGAAGGGAAGGCAUACUGUGAAAUUCAGUGCCCUUUGGCCGUCUGUCGUUUCCACAAAUUUUUGGUUAUAAUAAUAUUUAUUUAAAGAAAUGUCUAUCAAUACAAGUGUUCUGCUUUUUAAAACAUUAUUCCAAAACAUACUAAAGGUCAGCGUAUUCUGCUAUUAUUUAUUGCCGUGGGUACCAUUUUUAAACUUGACUUCAAUUUUUGUCAAGGUUGCCUUGGUGGGUUUGACUGAUGGGUCACACUGUAAGGUUGAAUACACUUUCCUCAUUCAUGGGGACAUUGGAUCGACCCUUUUGAAAUGCAGAUGACUACCGGGCUAUUUACAUAUCUAUUAAAAGUGUAAUAUGUUGUUAUUGAUAGUUAACUGCUCAGGAAAUGGAAGCAAUUCAUUUCUUUGAAAACCUUGUUUUAGGUAACUUUCUUCUUAUGCUAAUUUGUGCAUUGUUUUUUCACUCGGAGAACAUGGUUGAUGCAGCCGCUGCUUGCUUACUCUCUGUCUCUUUCUCUGUUUUUUUUUUUUUUUUUUUUUUUUUUUGCAGGCACGCAGAGCUUUCCGUGCAUUAAAGGGCAUCAUCAGGCUUCAAGCUGUUGUUCGUGGACACUUGGUGAGAAGACAAGCUGUUGCAACUCUGAAGUGUACGUGGGGAAUUGUAAGAUUUCAGACACUUGUCCGUGGAAAGAGAGCCAGGCAGGUUGUGGAGUUUCAGGUGAAAAAGGAAACUCUGUCAAUUUUAUUGGUCAUCAUCAGCCUAUUUUUUUAAUAAUUUAUUUUCAUAUCUGAAGCUUUAUAUCUGGGUGCAUUCUCAGUUGGGGUACCUCAAUUUAUCCAUUAAGACGACUGUUCUUUAGUCUCCUCGUUGACUCCUUACUACCCUGGUGAUGCGUCCGAAUCCGCCUUCCACGUGGCCCAUAGUUUUAUCUUCCUGUUCUUAUGGUCAAAAUUACUGCCCUGUUUCUCCUCAUUUCAUGAGUGCUAGCUAGACCCGUCACUCGGCAUUCUUCUACUCUCAUGUUCGUCGAUUUCUCUUGCUUUCUGACAACAGGUUGUGAAACAGAUGGGAUCUUUCGGAAGAAUUCGGUCUUCUCUGAAGGGCAAGGAUUCGGUCAACGCAGUCAUCCGCAAGGUAAGCUGUGAAAACCAAAGCUUCAAAGCUGCUUCUCUACAGUCAUUGCACUUCCUUUCAAAAGUGUGCUUAUCUAUGCCGUCGUUUCCCCUCCCCCCAACUAGCUUCUCUCUUUUCCAACUGCUACUAAGCCUAUCAAGAUCCAAUAUCCUGGGGAAGACUCCAAUUCAGCAUGGAGCUGGCUCGAACGGUGGACUUUUUCCAAGUUCUGGAAGUCUCCUGCCCUGCAAGACGCGAUUGCUGCUCCAAAGGCGAAGGAAGCCGCGUCCGGUAGACCAAAGCGCAGCGUGCGGAGGAACUUUGGUGCAAGCACCCAGACAGGAUCGAAUGGUUCUGUGGCUGCAGAUUCUGAAAGGCCAAGACGAAGUGUCAAGAAAGCAGCUUCUUCCGGUCCACAAUCAGAGCUCGAGAAAGUCAAACUUAGUCUGAGGAAGGUAUCUGGUGCUUGUGAUUCGGGUGAAGCUGAAAAUGGGGCGCUGAAGCAUGAUCUUGGUCAGGACGCCAAGAACGAUGCUGGGACUGCUACAGAUAUCACCAAGCUCACUGUGCAGGAAUCCAGAAAUGGCAAUGGCAAUGGGGGAAACGCGGAGGAAGAUGCCAAGCAGUUCCCAGAUCAAGAAGAGGUGAAGGGUGGGCCGGUGGGUGAAGUGAUCGAGGGACAAGAGGAAGGGGUGAACGCAGAGAAUGGGGAUUUGACCUCUGAGGAGAAGGCAUCUGUUGAGGACAAGAGAGGGAGCAAAAGGAGGGCUUCUUUCCCUGCGAGACCAGAGCAUGCGGACAACGGCCCGCAGAGAGCUCCGGUGUUGCCUAGUUAUAUGGCGGCUACGCAAUCCGCCAAGGCGAAGUUUUGUGGGCAGGACUCACCGAGGCUGGGGUCAGAUGGGGUUGACAAGGCUGCGUUCACGCGCAGGCAUUCUCUGCCUUUUGGGAGACCGGCUUCUUUGUCUCCGAGGACUCAGAGACCGGUUCAAGUCAGCUGCAAGGCGGGAGUCAGAGGUGAGAGAUCCUUGUAUUUUCUUUUAUUCCUAGUGCCGCAUUUAACCUCUCAAGCGUCAUCUCAUCUCCCAUGGGUUUCAUCCUCUCUCCUGGGCAACCCCAUCCUCUCUCUCUCUCUCUCUCUCUGAUGCCUUUAUAGAGAUUUUCAAAUUGGCUCCACUAGAUCGUUUUUGGGUUUGUCUUAGGAAAGACAGAUGAACCUUGUCCAGUGCCUAGUUCUCUCUCCUCUCUCUCUCUCUCUCUCUCUCUCUCUCUCUCUCCGUCUCUCUCUUUCUCUCUGUUCUCAGUUUCCAUGUUUCGUUUUUCGUACAUACAGAGAAGCCCAUCCCUGUUGCGUGGAGGCGGUGA